AUGCCAAGUGAUAGUCUUAUUCGCUACGAUCUGUGUACUGCAUAUUUUAGAAUGUAUGAAAUUGCUGGCAAUAGUGCAAAGCUGACGGUUUAUACUAAUCCGGUGGGAACAAUGUUCGCGCAACAACCAAAGGGUCCACCUGCUCCACGACCCCAACAGACACUGACCAGUCAGAGUGAAGCCUCUGCUAAAGAAAAACUCGCAGGAUUUGUUUACGAAUAUUUAAUACACAACGGUGCAACAAAAACGGCCGAAUCGUUCAAAGGCGAGAUGCUAUCGGUAGUAAAUUCAUGCUCGAACCCUUUUUUCAGAAAUUUCAGUUUGUUUUGGGAUCUUUACUCAGCCGCACCAGAACGACGAGAUUCUUGUGAGGCAUCGCAAGAAGCGAAGGCUUUUCAUGAAUACGGGUUUAUGAACACAUCGCAUGGCGUACCACCAGGUCCGGCUGGAGCACCAAUGAUGAAUGGAAUGCAUGGCUCACAUUUGUUUCCUUCGGCAACACCUAGUCCCUUAGGAAUGGGGCCUGGUCCAGGUCCAGACGGUAUGAUGCCAGCUGGUUACUACCCUCCUCGAUCCGGUCAGCCCGGACCAUCUGGUUCAACCAGUCAAGCGUCGCCCAUAUCCGGAGUUCCACCUUCAGGAAGUUUUGCACCAGUACCUCCACGUUAUGCGAUGCCGGGUGCACGGAAUGGACCGCCGGGACCGGGAGGAAUGCCUCCGGGCGCAGGAUUCCCGGCUGGAGGACCGCCUCAUAUGUUCGCUGGUGCUGAUCAAAUGCGGCCCAUGCAGCCACAACGGUUACCUCCUAACGCCGGACCUAUGCGCAUGCCAACGAAUUUCCCUGGAAUGCGGCCAAACGGACCGAUGCGGUAUAGUUCGCAGAUGUAUAUGGACUCACCCACCGGAACACCAUUUCCUCCCAAUGCGAUGAUGCCAAACGGCGGCAUGUGUUCAUCUGCGCCAUCAAUGAUGUCGUCGCCGGGUCCACAAGGACCCUUACCCACUGGGCCUGAUGGGCAACCAGAUCCUAGGGGAUAUAUGAUGAUGUCUACCGCCUCUGCUAUGCCUUAUGGGAUGCACGGAGCUGAGGGGAGUAUAACGCCAGGUGCAGGGGGUCGAGGAUCGGCAGGACCACCAGUAGCGGCGUCUGAACCUCAAAUGAACUCGCUUUUGAAUGGUGACGAAAUGAAGCAGUCGCCUGCAUCAACACAUGGUGGUCUUAAUGGAGGAACCCCGGGUGCUGCUGGAGGGCCAGGUAGUCAAGCACCCGUCGGAGGACCAGGAUCAGUAGCUGGAGCAGGAGUGGGCGGUCCGGGGUCGGUGCACUCACAGAGCGGAGGAUCUGGAGGUGGUGGAGGAGGCGGGAGUCAAAGUGCUGGAGCAGGCGCAGGAGGCGGAAACUCGGGUGGAGCGCCGGCGGGUGGUGGCAAUGUUGGAGGCCAAGAAGAAGCGAGUGAAAUCUCCAAGAUAAAGCAGAGUUUAUUCGAUGAUUUGAAACAUUUUGGCACAAAAGAAGAGAGUACUGGUGAAGGAUAUUUCUCAUAA